AUGCUGAACAUAAGGAUUUUCAAGGGAGGAUGCCGAGGAAGAGUGUCGGUCCUAAUGCAAAGUUUUCGCUGCAUGUCACGAGAGCGCGGUUUUCACACCCAAAAGACAAUUCUUUUGAAUAAUUCCGAGUUACCCAGUAAGAAGUUUGCUGAAAACCUCGCUGAACUACCUGAAGAAUGUCCAGUAUCUUCUUACAAUGAGUGGGACACGCUGGAGGAAGUUAUUGUUGGAAGAGCUGAAGGAGCAAUUGUGCCAUUCUUUUCAGUCGAGGUGAGAGCCAACACACACCACAGGAACUGGCCUUUCUUCGAGAAAUAUGGCGGCCAACCCUUCCCGAGAGAACACACAGAGAAAGCGGUGGAAGAAAUCGAAGAGUUUUGUAAUGUGUUGAAACAUGAAGGAGUGACAGUGAGACGACCAGAACUGGUGGACUUCUCCCAGACCUACAAAACCCCAGACUUCGAAUCAAGAGGGAUGUAUUCUGCCAUGCCCCGAGAUAUCCUGUUAGUGAUUGGUAAUGAGAUCAUCGAGAGUCCCAUGGCGUGGCGCAGUAGAUUCUUCGAGUAUCGUGCCUACAGACCCCUCAUCAAGGAAUACUUUAGAAAGGGAGCAAAAUGGACCACUGCUCCUAAACCACAGAUGAGUGACGACCUUUACGAUUUGGAAUAUCCUAUGCGAAGCGUCGAAGAAAGACAUGAACUAGCACAUCAAGGGAAAUUUGUAACCACUGAGUUCGAACCAUGUUUCGAUGCUGCGGAUUUCAUCCGAGCAGGAAAGGAUAUUUUCGUGCAGAGAAGUCAGGUUACAAACUACAUGGGUAUCGAGUGGCUGUCUCGUCACCUUGGCAACCAGUAUAACGUACACACCAUCUCCUUUAAGGAUCCUAACCCCAUGCAUAUAGACGCUACUUUCAAUAUCAUUGGUCCAGGACUUGUGUUGUCAAACCCUGACAGGCCUUGCCAUCAGAUAGACAUGUUCCAUAAAGCCGGAUGGAAAGUCGUGCACCCACCCACCCCACUCAUUCCUGACGACCACCCUCUGUGGAUGUCAUCCAAAUGGUUGUCCAUGAAUGUUCUGAUGCUUGACCCAAAGAGAGUUAUCUGUGACAAGAACGAGACAACUACAAUAAAGGUAUUUAUUUGUCAAUAG